CCCGGCCUGCCGGAGCGCCCACAGCGGCCGCUGCUGCUCUUACACGGAGCGCGUCAUCUCCCAGCAUUGGCUAAGCAUAUCAAACCUCAUACAAAUGGGCCUAAGUUGCGUGCAGGGUUACCAUCGCCGCUUCCUGCAAAGCCGUUUCACCUUCGUGCUCUGCGGCAGCUGAUUUGCGGGCACUGCGUUGCGCAGCCACAAUUCCCAGAGAAGCGUGGCCCCUGUGGUCAGGGCGUGUGUGAUCGGCCUUGCAAAAACUUGGCCCAGAUUCAAUCCUUCAAAGUAAAUAUUGCUGUUACUCUGCCCAGGCCCAUAGUAAUAUCCAUUGAAUAAUACAGAAAAGUGAUACUAUAUAUGCAGUGCUAGACCAAGAAGAUGUCAAGAACAGAAACUACUGUUUAUUUAGAAAGCAUUAAGAUUAAAAAAAAAAAAACAAAACAGUGAAGUUUUCAUAGCAUUCCCAUGUUUUGAUAUGUGGAUAUGUCACUAGAUACAGAGAUACUAUAUGAGCCUUUGCAUUCCUGGAUGCCAUUUCUUAAAACUGUUUGAUUUUAAAGAAUUUGGGUGGGAAAAUUAUUGCUCAGUGAUUCACUUGAGUUUUUUGUCUAAUUAAUUACAGGUUACUCCUCCCUGCUAAGGGAAAACCCACAUUAUAAAAUGCCACAAUUGCUGCUGUCAAACAUAGUAAUCAUAUGCUAAGCUAGGCUAGGAAACCAGUAUAAAAUAGGAUGUGUAAAGGGACCCUGUAAUUUACUAUGGUAUAGUUCAUUUACAUUAUUUUUAAAAAGGAAAACUGCAUUUCAGACAAUUGCUUGGCUGACCUAAUGCUUCUUGGGGGGAUUCUUUGUCAGCAUGUAACAAUUCCAGCUCCAAGGAAAUGUCCAGAUAUGAAUUUUUUCUCUCAAAAUUUUUAGAUAUGUCUGAAGACAUUGCCUAUUCUUCUGUAUGCACAGAUCAUUCAAGUAAACAAAGACCUUUUAGUAAAUAUGAAUGCAUUUGUUGUUCCCAGUCUGUUCCCUGACAUGUUUUUCAAGAAGCUUCUGCAUUUACUGUGCAGUGCAGCUCUUCCUGAGCGCAGUCAGCCCAGCUACAGCUUGCUCUGAAAGUGAAAGCAGAGAUGGCUGCAGAAAGGCAUUGCAUAACUGUUCUCUUACUUAUUCUAAUUUAAGCACUUUCCUGCAUUUACUUUAUUUAGUAGGCAUUUGUGUCAAACCAUAGCAUAUAGAUGCAACUAAAUUAGUAAAAAAUAAGGAAGCUAGGGCAAAGUUCUGCAUUUCAGAAGGAAGAUGCCUGCAUUUUCCCUAUGUACCAAGCAGUGUGGCAAGGAAAACAGAUGCCUGGGGCAGAAGCAGAGACAAGGAACCCGUAGAUGCUUUCCAACAUAGUAAAUCAUUAGUGUCUGCAUUUAAUUUAGUCAUUGCAGUAACCUUUCAAACACUUCUACUGUAACUACCUACAAUCUUUCUUUUCCAUAAAAUACAUGGAUUUGUGUAGAUACCCGAAUCCUUUUCCUUCUCAGUCCACUGCCUCUUUUCAUCACCUCUCAAAUACCUGGUUGCUAGAAUCUUGACUACUCCUCAGAGUAGUAGCUGUACUAACCUUUAUUCUGAGCUCUGAGACAUCAGCUCCAGCAAUCCCUCCACACUCAAACACACAAGAAAACAAACAGACACUUAAAUGAGACACAGUGGGUGUGGGUGUGUGUCUGUGUGUUACUAAGGCUCUCCAAAUUCUUGUAGAAACUGGAAGUUCUAAUAUGUAAGACUUGGGUUGUGUUGGGGUUUUUUUAAAGGAAGGAAACAGUGGAAGAGGGAAAGGAGGGAAAAGAAGGGAAGGAAAAAAGGGAAAAGAACAGUUACCAGGUACUAACAUUUUUGCCAUCAUGCAGAUGGUUGUGGUUUCUUCUUCCUCUCACCAGAUCCAGACUGAGUAAUUUUUAUGUUUGCUAACACACUUUUACACAUCUUUUUUUUUUUGUUCCCCUGGUCUGCAGCAUCAGGUUACAUCUGAAUUUACUAUAUAUAGUGCCAUUUAUGUAUGUUGCAGUCUAUUUUUUGGUUCUCUGUCACCCCCAAAGCAAAUUUUACAGACAAUGGUCUGCAUUUUUUAUUUUUCUAAACUAAGCAUCAGUGAGUUGUUGGUAGAUGCUCCAGUCCCCAGGCCAUUCCCAUCUCUGUUGCCAUGUGUGCAGCCUGUAGCAAGGCAUUGCUCUUGCCAGCAUCAGGCUGUAAGCUUUGCACCGGCUUUGCAUGGCCUCAGGACCAAGGCUUGCCAGGUCUGCUCAGUUUGACCUUGUCCUGACCUGCCUGCAGCUUUGUUUUGGUUAGCACAACUGUGACAGCAGUUUCUCAAAGUGACUGCCUCUCUCUCUGAUUUGCGAAAGGAUAGUCGUGGGUUUAUGUGGAGAGCUGUGUCACUUUAUUUGGGAAUGGCUAGAAGAAAGACACAGAAUCUUUUGUGUGUUGAACAGGAGAGCAAAGCUGAUUAUUCUUAAUCUUUUUUAUAGACAUGUUCGAGAAGGUCGGAGAGGUAAAACUCUCAUUGGUGAUUAAAGCAACACAUUUGCUAUCAGUGGUUACGUGUAACAUCAUCUUUUGACUGUUUUCAUAAACAUCACUUGCAAAGAUUGUUGUCGUUUACCAAGGACUGUUUGGAUUCUUUCUCAUGUUUUCUCAGGCCAGAAUGAGAAGCCUGUGGCUUAGUUUCUGUUCUCUUCUUUUUGCAUUGAAUAUCUGCAGAGCAGCAAGAAACAUUUCCUGUAGAUGGGAUAUUUAGUACUCUUAGACAAUGGCAUAGUGCAGAAAAGCACAGGGCUGGUACAGCAGCAGAGACCUCGUGGUGUGGAGGCACAGGAUGAAAGAGUGCAGAGAGGGGAGAUAAAGGCUUGUGUGUGUGUGUUAUGUGGGUGACACAACACCAAUAAAACAGGAGCCUACAGCAUGGAGCAGAGUUGUGCACAAAUGCAUCAGCAGAGGCACGAGGGGCAAAUGACCCUUCCCUAGCCUAUGCAUGAUAACCAGGUCAGCCCACAGCAGCCUGAAAUAUUCUUGUUAUCAUGGGUGUCUCUGCCUUUGAACAUAGUAAACGCUGGGAGCAUUAGGAGCUGUUCCCACAUUCUCCACAACACAAAGUAAUGCAUGGCACAGAGCCAAGCUGAAAAAGAGCAACUGAGUGACUCAACAGUUUCAAUUCUUCAGCGGCAGACUGACUAUCUGCUAAGGCAAGCCCAGAGAAAAGCUAUGUUUCAGUUUCUGUUUUCCGGUAAUUUCAUCACAGACCAUGUGAGGGCUGGACCAAAUAAAAUGGAAGGCAUAACAACAGUGGGCAGCAUUCCUUUGGCUUUGAGGCUGAAGACAAGCAAGCAGAGAAGGAAAACCAUGAGUACCAUUUCCAAGGAUUCCUUGAAGACUUCCCUGCUGAAGUUAGAAUGCCAUUUUACAUGGACUUUGCUGGAGAAGCAUGUAAGUCUUGAGGCCCUAGAGGAAACAAUACUCGAUCAUAUCAAGUUUGUCGUAGAAUACAACAUUAGAGAUUAUAAUAUACUAUCCUAUGUAUGCCACCUAAAGAAUUCAGAUGAGGAAGCCCUAAGAAAUCUCAAAAAAGCUGAAGAAGUUAUUCAAAAAUGUCAUCCAGGUGAAAUUGCCAGGAAGAGUCUUGUUACCUGGGGGAACUAUGCCUGGAUCUAUUACCACAUGCAGAGAUAUGAAGAAGCUCAAACUUAUAUAAGCAAAGUGGAAAACAGCUGCAAAGAGCUUUCAAUUACUUCUCAUGGAAAGAUUCAGCUUCCAGAGAUCUACGCUGAAAAAGGAUGGGCAUUAUUACGUUUUGGGAGGAAUUACUUUGAGAGGGCAAAGAAUUGCUUUGAAAAUGCUCUGAAGAGCGAGCCUGAUAAUCCAGAUGUUAAUGCUGGCUAUGCAAUAGCAAUGUAUCGCUUGGAGGACUGUGCUAAGAAGUAUGGUGAAGAGGUGAGGCCGUGCCUUGAGGCCCUGCAGCGAGCAGUGGAACUGAAUCCAAACGACACUACCAUUAUGGGGCUACUUGCAUUAGAACUUCAGCGAUUACAAAGAGUUAAUGAAGGAGAGAGGUACAUUGAAGAAGGACUGCAGAAAACCCCUGACUUUCCUGUUUUCCUGCGAUAUGCUGCUAAUUUUUACAGAAAGAAAGGAAAAGUGGACAAGGCAGUGGAGAUCUUGCAGAAGGCCCUAGUACUGACACCAAACGCUGUCGUUCUGCAUCACCAACUAGGACUCUGCUACAGAACCAAGGCACUUCAAUUGAAAAAUACAAGAUACACACCUCAAGAGGAAGUGGAGAAUCUCAUCGAGCUUGCCAUUUUUCAUUUUAAAAUAGUCAUAGACAAGAAGCCAGUAUUUUUUUGUGCCCAUUGUGACCUUGCAAACGCAUACGCACUAGCCAAGAGGUAUGAAGAAGCAGAAGAGGUAUUUCAGGGAGUGCUUCAGAGAAAUGAUAUACCCUGUGAUGACAAACAAGUUAUCUACUUCAAUUAUGGCAAUUUUCAGCAUUUUCACAUGAAAUCAGAAUCGAAAGCCAUUAAGUGUUACAUAGAAGGUCUGAAAAUGGAAAAAGAUUCCUAUGGAAGAAAAAAGUGCAGUGAAGCUGUGAAGACAUUGUUGAAAGAGAAAAUUAAGAGAGGUUUAAGAGCCACAGAUAUUGGUACACUUGGACUUGUUCAUAACCUAAAUGGUAAGAAACAAGAAGCAAUUCAAUGCUAUCAGAAAGCCAUUGCUUUGGAGCCAAACAAUGAAGAAUAUCUGAAUGCAUUAGCUGAGCUACAACUUUCCAUCUCAAGCUAAAGCUCACAAAAAUCCUAUGUACCAAAAUAUCCCCCAAACCAAGGACCUUUCAACGCUCUCAAAACUUUUUUUUUGCUGUUUUUCAUUUGAAGGUAGACAUUAUGACCAGAUGGAACUCGGGUGGCAUCUGUUUCUGGUCAUAAUAUAGAAACUGCAGACGAUUGUUCAUUUGUUCAUUCACUAAUAGAGAGCAUGCUUGGAUAACUACAUAAUAUAUAUUUAUAGCUAAUAUAACUUAGUCUUCAAUGCUAA